UCACAUCUGUCUGCAGAGAUGCUGCAGCGCGACACGCCCUCAAGCACCGCGGACCCGGAACACGGAAGUCACUCACCUGUAGCUCCAGCUCACUUCAUCAGUCGGGGUCCAUCAUCUGUGUCGGAUUUCAGCGGGCUGUUGUGAAACUCCAAGCAUGGAAACCGAAGAGAAGGGAACACCUGCAGAACAGAGUCAGCUCAGCCCCCCCACCGGGGCCCAGCAGGACUCGGAACGCGCAAAGGACGCGGAGGAGCUGCAGUCUGCGUGCGCAACGGUGCGCGCAAAGCUCGACAAGCUCUCCGCGGAGUCUUCCCUGAUGAACUUUAAAUUCAAGAAGUUCUUCGUUUUGCGGCCCGGCACUCUAAAUCAAGCCAUAAAAGACGUUGAAGCUCUGGUGAAUAAGGAGGAGGACGGCAAUGUGCAGAGCGUCUGGCUGAUGGCAGAAGUGGACCACUGGAACAACGAAAAGGAGCGCCUUGUUGUCAUCACAGACAACACCCUCAUGGUCUUCAAAUAUGACUUCGUCAUGUUCCUCUGUGAGCAAAUCCAGAAGAUCUCCCUGAACUACGUAGACCGCUUGGUUCACGGCCCCUUCAAUUUCCCCAAACACUCCCUGCUCAAGAGAGAAGGGGAAGGUUUGCGCAUUUAUUGGGACCGGAUGAGAGAUCCCUCCUUCACCUCCAAGUGGAACCCCUUUUCAGUCGACUUCCCCUACACCACCUUGAUUUCCCACCCAGUGUCAAGCAUCAACGACACCUUUGCCUCUCUCUGUGAUCUCCAUAAGUUUAGGGAUCAUCUGAAGGUAGUAGCAGAAAAAGCUCACGCCAGAAAUCCAGCUCCUGGAAAAGCUAAUGGUGUAACGGUCCUCAAUCAACCAAUCACCAUCGAGGCAUACGUGGGUGCCAUGUCAUUCCUUGGAAACCAGAACAAACUGGGCUACGCCAUGGCACGAGGAGGACUUGGCUUCUAAACUCUGUUUGGGGUUUUUUUGUGGUGCAUGAUGGUCAAACGCCUCUGCCAGGACUCCAAGCGCUCACUUUCCUUACCAGUCUGAGUGCUCACAAAUAUCCAUAUUUCAACACCGCUCUUCACUGGAUGAGUGAUUCCCCUCUACUUCCAGCAAGUUUUGUGUUCAUUCUUCAGUGAAAUGGUAAUUCAACUCUUUCGCAACGGGACUCCUUUCUUCCUCCCCCUGGUAUCUGUUAAAAGCUGAUUCCCAUGCCAUUCAGGCCCUUGGAGAUUCACUGAAGCAUAGAUGCACAUUUGUCAGUUUGGUUUUAUCCCUUGCAGUGUAUUUUUACAGUUGACAUCGUCCUGAAAUUCCUCCUUGAUUUCUGUGUAUGAUUCAUUGGCCUCUGACAUAAAAACACAAUUUCUGUUUCCCUUUAAAAUGUUCCUUUUCAGAAAUGUUAUUGGUUUUAAUCCCAUUGUUAUGUGAUUCUGUUACUGCAAUGCACCAUAAAUAAUCCUCUUCAGAGGUGUUGAGCUCUGGCAAACAUGAUGACCAAUCUUGUCACUACUGAAAAAAAAUAAUUAUGAAUGAUUGAUAAUUUACAGGGUGUAGAAUCUUCUUGGUUUUGUUGAGUUAUUGUAAUUGAAAAAAAUAUACCUUUUUAUUUAAUCGAAGGUUACACUGUUUAUGUGAAGAAGACAUUUAUGCUAUGGGAUAAUGGUUUGAUCUUGUCAUGAAGCUAUAGUACAAACAGAUUGUGUGUUAGUUUUUUUAAGUUGGCUCCUCUUUAAUGCUUUAUAUGUCUUGUUUUAGAGUUCGUUGUUCAAGCAAUGAUCAAAUGUUGCCACUUUCUAUCGUCUUGCAUAGGAUUGAUCAAGAAACAUAAGAGAAAAAUGUGUUUGUGUUUGAUAUGGGAUAGCAGCAUGUGGUAAACAUUCUUGUUUUUAGCUUUAACGCCUUGAAUUGCUGGUUUGUUUUACACCUUACAAGUCAUGGAAAAGAAGGAAACUAUGUCAAAUCAGUUUGAGCUGCUGGGAAAAUUUACUGAAGAGUCAUUUCCUGUAUCUGUAGCAAUGUUUAUUCAGGAAGUCUGAUGAAGAAAACCUGUUCAUUCAAUGAAAACAAUAAAGUUGUGGAUGGAAAUUUUCCACUAAGGAAAA